CUCGGGCCGCCCCACCAUCCACUCCGCGAACCCCGAGAGCCGUCUACUCCUCUACAUCGUGUCCCGGAUCAUCAAGCCCCGAAAACACAGGCAUACUAUCAUGUCCGGUGAGGACCUCAAGCUUCUACAUGCGAUCAUGCACACAGCGCCAAUAAACUAGGCAAAGUUUGUCAUGAUCAACAUGACGGUCUCCGCAUCCACCGACCACGAUCACCUCCUCCCGUACCCGUUCCUUUUGAUGGACAUCCUUGAACGGUUCAAGGUCACCACCACCGUUGGACGGCUCACGAAGGCCACGAAGCUUUGGAUGAUCAGCGCCCAAACCUUCACAAAGCGAUCGGACAAUGUCGCGCCUGCCACUCCCGCGCCACGCUGCACUGCCACUACCCGAGGCCCAGCCGAACCCCAGGCCCGGGCCAACCUUGCCUCCAUCGCCCACUCCCUCAACCUCCUUCACCUCAAAGUUGACGGGAUGGAUGGCUACCUUGAGAGGCUUGACGAGGAGAAUGUGGACAACUUCCCGAUCAUGACUGAGGAGGAUUUUCUUCCUUGUACUAAACCUGGUGAGGUCACGGGUGAAGAUGAUGGUGGCUCUGAAUCACAGACCCCUUCUCUUGAUGAGGAGAGGAUUGAGCAACAUUUACAGAAGGAAAAGAGUUGUAUCAAUAAUGGUGAAAAUUCCUUACCCAAUGAUGCAACUGCUGGGAAGGAAGACAGUGGGAUAAACAGUGGGAAUGUGAUUGGGAAGACUGAUGGCAAUGCUCCUGCCAAUAAAGAUGAUACACCAAAAGAGAAGAAGAGUUUUGCAUCAUUGUUUGAAAGGAACAGAUCAGAGGAAAAAGGAAUGAAGCUUCAUCAGGUGGACAUGGCUGAAGAUGAGGUUUUUAUUCAGCCUGAAGAUGUUACACCUAUGGAGAAGCUUUGGGGACCAUGCCUGGUUGGGUGUUUCACUGGAAGAUUCCCUAGCCUUUCCCCCAUUCAAUCCUUUGUGGAAUCAUGGAAAGUGCCCUGCCAAUUUCUACCCCACCAUAAGGGCUGGGUGAUCUUCAAACCCCCUCCCUCCUCUGUGAAGGUCAACUUUGUGGGAGGCAGCUAUAUGCAGCAUGUGGAAUAUGAAGACCUGCCUCUUUACUGUUACCAUUGUGAGAAGUUUGGACACACACCCUUUGACUGCUUUGAUCUCCAUGAAAUGGAGAGAAAGGAAACUGUUGAAGAACAAAGAGCCUUGGACAAAUCUAGAGUUGAAGUUAUGAAAACAUCUCUCUUGGCUGAUAAUGACAAGGAGAAGGAGAAGCCUAAACAAAACCAAUAAGGAAAAUAGGUUCUGGAAGGUACUAAAGGUGGGGAGAAACC